CUCGGCACAAAAGGAAAUCUAGGGUUUCAGAUAAAGAUUCUUUAAGAGAUCUCCGAUCAAGAUGAGUUACGGACAAGAUAGGCUCAGGGGCACUGUCAAGUGGUUUGACACCCAGAAGGGUUUCGGUUUCAUCACUCCCGACAAUGGUGGCGACGAUCUAUUCGUUCACCAGUCCUCCAUCAGAUCUGAGGGAUUCCGAAGCCUCGCUGCGGAGGAACCUGUCGAGUUCCAGGUCGAGAACGACAACAACGGCCGUCCCAAGGCGAUAGAGGUGUCUGGACCCGACGGCGCUCCUGUUCAAGGUAGCAGCGGCGGUGGCUCGUCUGGCGGACGCGGUGGAUUUGGCGGUGGUGGAAGAGGUGGAGGUGGAGGUCGUGGGUUUGGCGGCGGAAGAGGUGGUGGUGGUCGAGGAGGAAGCGACUGUUACAAGUGUGGUGAGCCAGGUCACAUUGCGAGAGACUGUUCUGAAGGUGGUGGAGGAUACGGAGGAGGGAGAGGUGGUGGUGGAUACGGCGGUGGUGGAGGUGGCGGAGGAGUAAGCUGCUAUAGCUGUGGCGAGUCUGGGCAUUUCGCCAGGGAUUGCACUAGCGGUGGACGUUAAUCAGAUGGAGAAGUAUUCUCGCAGCUUAUUAUCUAUUUAUUGUUCGCGUUUUGCUUGUGAUGGAUCUCUUUCGUUUCUUGGUUUAUUUUUGGUUCUCGGUUUAAUCACGUCGAUUGUUAUUUUGUUUAUGCGUUUUUGCGGUUUAAUGUGGUGCUUGUGAUGGGUGAAAGAUGAUUUCAUAAUUAAGGCUGUGUUAAUCCAUUUGUAUUUGUAAAUGCAGUUGAAAUAAUUACAACAGACAACAGAAAGUGA